AGAUAUAAAUUUAGUUUUUUAUAUUUAUAUAUAUGGUAAAUAUUGUUAUUUAAAUAUAUUUUUAAUAUAUUAAUAAAAAAAUAUAUAAACAGAAAGCUCGUUUAGGCUCGCGAGCCGGUUAAAGAUCGGUAAGCGAAUCUCGGACUCAUUUACUAAACGAGCUUGUUUUAGGCUCGGACUUGAGCUCGUUUAAACUCAUCUCGUUCAAGUUUUUUUUUCAAGCCAAACUCGAGUAACUCACGAGUAGUAGCUCGGGUUUGCACCCCUACUUGCGCGUUACAAAGCUGGUACAGAAACACUCUUUAUGAAUCACUGACAAACAAACAAACAUCAUCGGCGAUCGGAGAAACUCAAAUCAUGCAAAAUUCCGACGAUGUUCGCAAUCUUCCGAUCGACAUCGCUUUCGCCCGUCUCGGUGAAUGGCUGGUUGAUCGGAAACGAAUACCAUCAGAUUGGAGAAAACGUGUGGCCGUUGUCAAAGCUAAGAUUUCAGCCGCUUUUCAGUCCCUUCCUAAAGACGUUGAUCCCUAUUUUCAAACCCUAGACCUAGACGGGAUCGGAUACUUGGAGGCUAAGAAAAUAUAUGAUAUUCUUCUGAAAUCAACUCCAGAAAGCCGCAAUAUAUUUGGCCGCCUUUCUGGUGCUGCUGGUGUUUGGGAAGCAAUUGUGCAUGCUUACGAGAAGGACCAUAUUUACCUCGGGGAGGCUGCUCAACUUAUGGUCCAAAAUGUUAAUUAUGAAAUCCCGUAUCAUAAAAAGCUCAUUCAAAAGACCCAACAACAGCUCGCUGAGCUGGAAAGAAAGGAAGCUGAAAUAAAAAGAAAUGCAGCUCUUUCCGCUGCUAAAUACGCAGAAGCAUGUCAGGAGUUGGGAUUGCAGGGAACCAAUGUGAAGUUGGAACUGAUAGAAACUGCAUCAAGUUCAUUACCUGACACAUUUACUAAAAUGCUUGAAGUUUUGAAAUGUGAUUCGGUUUCACGCGCAAUCGAAUAUUAUUCCAAUUUUGUUAGAGAUGCUCACACAGAGAAAGAUAAAAUUCCCGAGACAGUAGUACCAAACAUGCGAGACAUAAUCGAAAAUCCUCCAAAUCUUGACGUGUUUGCAGCUUCGGAAGUGCUCGAUUCCGUUAAUGUUCUAACAAACCCUAAUGAACCAAAUCAAUCGACUUUUGAAGUCAACCCCGCUACCGAUACCAUCGACUGGGAUAUCACGUUAGAUAGCUCACAGAUAGAUUGGGAUAUUGGCACUGUGGAAGAAGAUAACGGUAACGGGUUGGGCCCGUAUGAAAUUGUUGAUGCCAGUGAGAUUCCACAACAUUCGUUGAAUGAUGACGUGGCGUCUGAUGAGAUUAAUAGAGAGAAUAUGGUCUCAGAAAUCUCUUGGGAUAUUACUGUGGGCCAUCCUGAAGUUGAGUUGACUCAAGCGGAUGUAUAUCCAGGUGAACAUGUUUCCGGGAUAAGUGUUUUAAAUGAAAGUCAAGGAGUUGACCGUGUCAGGAGCCGGCUUCUGGAGACUGAGUACAGGAGUAGGAUUCUUGAUGAUCUGUUUGAGAUUAAAGCAUUUUUAAAUCAAAGGAUUAUGGAGUUGACCAACACGGAGACAUUGACUUUACAAAAUCAAGUUCAAGCAGUGGCUCCGUUUGUAUUGCAGCAGUACACUUCAGACGCUAUCCAGUCAAUGCUAGCCGAUAUUUCUUCAGCCAUAUCUUUGCUCACAAAUAGAAAAACAAGAGACCUGAUAAUGAUUCUCAACUCUAAAAGAUUUUUAGAAAGAUUAGUGAGUAGUUUGGAAGAAAAGAAACAUCAUGAAGCAAAGCUGAAAGACGGGUUAAAGGAUUUGGCAAUCAAACGUAUGGAGCUCCAAAAUUCACUAUCCUCUGUAUGGCCCAAACAAGAAGCAGCGAUUGCAAAAACUAGGGAGUUGAAGAAGGUUUGUGAGAGUACGCUUUCAUCUAUGUUCAACGGAAGGCCCGUAAAGAUUAUUGGAGAGAUUAACAGCAUGUUAAGUAAUGCAGGUGCCUAAAGGCUAAACCUACAAAACUUUUUUUUAUAAUACUUAUAAGCAGUGAAUUAGUACAAUUCAAGCAGUUUGUUUUCUAUAGAUGUUAUUAUGUACUUGUAGCUUUCAACAUGUUUAACUUGUUUUUUUCCCUUUUCAUUUUAAA